GUGGCAGUGGAGUGGGUGGUGGUAGUCGGUGGUGGUGAGACGGUGGUUCGAGUUCUUCGACUGGCCCAGUCUAGCUAGGCCAGUCCGGGCGAGUCGCUGAAACUCGGGACGCUCACGCGCGAGUCUACUGGCCCGCAUCGUCGAUGAGUAUCGUCGAGACGUUCCUCGCGCGUAAUGGUCACUCGGUCGUGACACGUUACGUAUCGACCGUGUAAAUAGCGAGGUUAAGUGCGCGCUGCGUAGUAGCAAAAAGCGAAAGGGUGAAUUCCGGGCGUGACGCAUCGUGAUCGUAUAACGCCGCGCGAUGCACAGGACUAGCGUAACGGCCACGAGCGUUCACCGUGAUACUUGUACAAGCGCGAUCAUGAUCAGGCACGGCAGUGUUUUCUGGUCUCUGUUGCCGUUGCUGUUGCUGACCUUGUCCAGUCUCACGAGUCCGGUCGCUGGUGAAGAGAAUGGCCAUUGCGUCUGGUACGGAGAAUGUUAUAUGGACGGAGCAAUGCACAAGAAGUACUGUCCUUACACCGGCUCGGCAAAGCCAUUGGAUUCCGAAGGUCAAAAGCUGUUGGCUAAGCACUGUCCGCAUUUGUUGGUGGACGAUGGCAAAGGAAUUAAUACCUGUUGCGACUCUAAACAACUUGUUACGUUAGACGCGAAUGUCAAGCUCGCGUCGAAUUUUUUAAAGAGAUGUCCCAGUUGCUUGGAUAAUUUAGUGAAGCACUUUUGUGACUUCUCAUGCGCUGCGAAUCAAAGCAAAUUUAUUAAUGUUACGGAGAAAGCUGAGGCAAACGGGGUGGAAUAUGUCAAUGCGAUAGAUAUAUACAUAACAAACAGAUAUCUCGAGGGAACGUUUAACUCGUGCAGUAAGGUAUCGGUGCCGAGCACGGGACAAUUGGCACUGGACUUGAUGUGUGGAGAAUGGGGAGCGAGCAGAUGCACUCCCUUGAAAUGGUUUUACUUUAUGGGUGACGCGGAAAACAAUAUUUACGUACCUUUCCAAAUUACAUAUGUGAAUACGGAUGGGCCUGUUGGAUCGUUUGUGCCUUUGGAUCCUCCAAUCACACCGUGCAGCAAGGCGCUAAACAAAAAUACUCCGGCUUGUAGCUGCGUGGAUUGCGAGCAGAGUUGUCCAGUACCACCACCGGCGCCUCCACUGCCAAAACCGUUCUCGAUACUCGGUUACGACGGUUACGAAGUUACGAUGACAAUUAUUUUUAUAUGCGGCUCCUGCAUAUUCCUCCUGCUGAUGAUGUGCUUCAGUCAGAGGAAACGUAUAGUUGCACGAGGGGAGGAAGUAGGAAGGCAGGUGGGUAGACGGCUAGCUGCCGGGUUACACCACCCAGGAGAUGGUGCUCGUAUUGCCCUCGCCGCUGACCAAGAAGACAGUCCACUUCAGUCUAAGCGCUCUAGUGUUAUAUCCAGUGACGAUUUACCAACUGAAUUUGACCGAGAACAAUCAACCUUCAUCGAGAAGCUUGGCGCAGGCACGGAUAAAUUUUUGCAAGAAUUUUUCUGCAAAUGGGGAACAGUUUGCGCUUCCCGGCCUUGGUUAAUACUCUUCCUUGGCUUUCUAUUGAUUGUCGGCCUGGGACAUGGCAUAAAGUACAUGAACGUUACUACAGAUCCUGUAGAAUUAUGGGCGUCUCCGCAUUCCCGGGCACGUGUCGAACGGGAAUACUUUGAUAAACAUUUUGAACCCUUUUAUCGAAAUGAACAAAUUAUCAUCACUUCGGUUGGCUUGCCGAGCAUCGUGCACAACACCACCAACGGACCGAUUGUAUUUGGUCCUGUGUUUAACGACACGUUUUUGAAAACUGUCUUUGAAUUGCAAGAAGGAAUUAAACGUAUACUUACUCCGAACAAUUAUACGUUAGCAGACAUAUGUUUUGCACCUUUAACUGGACCUUUCACUGGCCCGACGACAGUCUCGCAGUGUGCUAUUCAAAGUAUUUGGGGCUAUUGGCAGGAUAGUUUAGAGAAAUUUGAGGAUUCGGAAGACGAAGGCAAUUACACAGUAAAUUAUCUGGAUCACUUUAGAGUCUGUUCCCAAAAUGCAUACAAUCCUGAAUGUCUCGCACUUUACGGUGGUCCAGUAGAUCCGGCGAUCGCGGUAGGCGGCUUCUUGUCCCCGGGACAAGACCUUCACAAUUCGCCGUACGAAAAGGCGACUGCUAUAAUUCUUACGAUUCUUGUAAAUAAUUAUCACAACAAAGCCAAGUUACUUCCCGCCAUGGAAUGGGAAGAAAGUUUUAUAAACUUUAUGAAAAAUUGGACGGCGACAAGGAAGCCCGCAUUUAUGGAUAUAGCGUUCACGUCCGAGCGAUCUAUCGAAGAUGAACUGAAUCGCGAAUCUCAGUCGGAUAUUGUGACCAUUUUGGUAUCGUACGUCAUUAUGUUUGGAUAUAUCGCGGUGUCUCUCGGCCAAAUUAGAUCGUGUAGUCGGCUCUUGCACGAUUCUAAAAUCACCCUCGGACUCGGAGGCGUGCUCAUAGUAUUGGCGUCUGUGAUUUGCUCGGUCGGAUUAUUCGGCUUUAUCGGCAUACCGGCUACAUUGAUUAUCAUCGAAGUCAUCCCGUUUUUGGUGCUGGCCGUCGGAGUGGAUAACAUUUUUAUUCUCGUGCAAACGCAUCAGCGGGAGGGCAGGCGCCCGAACGAAUCGAUCCCGGAACACAUUGGUCGUACGCUGGGUCAAGUCGGUCCAAGCAUGUUACUCACCAGUGUGUCGGAAAGCUGUUGCUUCUUCCUCGGUGGCCUCUCCGACAUGCCUGCCGUGAAGGCGUUCGCUCUCUAUGCUGGAAUGGCAUUACUAGUAGAUUUCAUAUUGCAAAUUACCUGCUUCGUCAGUCUCUUGGCUCUGGACACUAUUCGGCACGCGAACAACAGGCUGGACGUAUGCUGCUUCAUUCGUUCCAAGAGGGACGACGGGGAAGAAGUGGUGGACGGAAUAUUGUACAAAAUUUUCAAAGUCGUGUACGUCCCAUUCCUGUUGCACAAGUGGGUCCGCGCGAUCGUCAUGAUCGGAUUCUUCGGAUGGCUCUGUAGCAGUAUCGCUAUAAUACCGCACAUCGAGAUUGGUCUUGAUCAAGAACUCUCUAUGCCUGAGGACAGUUUUGUGCUCAAGUAUUUCCAAUUUUUGAACAAUUACUUGUCGAUCGGGCCACCGAUGUACUUCGUCGUUAAAAACGGCCUAAACUAUUCGGAUACGAGGGCGCAAAAUUUAGUGUGUGGCGGACAGUAUUGUAACAGCGAUUCAGUGUCCACACAGAUCUUUACAGCGUCCAAGCAGUCAAACAGCUCUUACAUAGCUAAGCCUGCUUCGUCUUGGAUGGACGAUUACAUCGAUUGGUCGGGGUUACCCGGUUGUUGCCGGUACUUCCCUACAAACAGCUCAUUCUGUCCACAUACCGAUCGCGCGCACUGCACCGUUUGCAACAUCACUUUGAAUGAGUACAACAGGCCGGUGGCCGUCGACUUCGACAGAUACGUGUCGUUUUUCCUGCAAGACAAUCCCGACGAAACGUGCGCCAAAGGGGGCCACGCGGCGUACGGACACGCCGUGAAUUACAUUGCAGAUCCCAAGACAGGCAUGUCGACGGUCGGCGCAUCGUACUUCAUGGCUUAUCACACGAUUUUGAAGACCUCGGCCGACUAUUACGAAUCGAUGAGAGCGGCCAGAGUGGUAGCGGCAAAUAUUACGGACAUGCUCAACAGCAACCUGAAAAGUCUCAACGAGAACACUACGGUCGAGGUUUUCCCGUACAGUGUAUUCUACGUGUUUUACGAGCAGUAUCUCACCAUGUGGCCCGACACGUUGCAAAGUAUAGGAAUUUCGUUGCUCGCCAUAUUCGUCGUUACCUUCUUGCUAAUGGGUCUGGACAUCUUCUCAUCUCUGGUCGUCCUGAUUACAAUCACGAUGAUCGUCGUCAACAUCGGUGGCUUGAUGUAUUGGUGGCACAUUACCUUGAAUGCAGUGUCGCUGGUAAAUCUCGUUAUGGCGGUCGGUAUAGCCGUCGAGUUUUGCAGCCACUUGGUGCAUUCGUUCUCGGUGUCGGUCCAAGCCACCAGAGUGGAGAGAGUCGCGGACGCCUUGACGAACAUGGGGAGCUCGGUAUUCAGCGGUAUCACUCUCACUAAGUUUGGUGGUAUCAUAGUCCUCGGCUUUGCAAAAAGUCAGAUUUUCCAGGUGUUUUACUUUAGGAUGUACCUGGGUAUCGUGUUAUUUGGAGCAGCGCAUGGUCUCAUCUUUUUGCCAGUAUUGCUAAGUUACAUAGGCGUGAUGUCGCGCCGAGGUCGUAGAAGAGCCGGAAGUUGCGAACUCGCAAGCGAGUUCGGAAACCAAGUUGAGCGUCGCAAACGUGACGAACCGGAUUCUCCUCUACUCCAAAACGACAACCAUCAACAACCAACCACUUCCUACGCCAGUAUGAAUUCGACUGAUGUGACUGAUCAUCACGUAACAUUCUACUAACGAUAAAUCAACAACCGCCGCCGUCGUCGGUCUAAUCGGGGUACAAUUUUGUACUUUGAGAGACAGAGGGAGAGAGAGACUCGGGCAGAGAUGUAUUAAAUGAGCUACGUCUCAAUAGUGUCUUUUUAACCGUUGAGCCGUUGCGAGCCAAAGAGUCGCACGAGUUCUUUCCUCCGCAAUCUGAACAUGUCCAUCCACAUUCAUAUCUGGCAUUCGAUUUUAGCGAUAAGAAAAUUUUCUAGAGCUGUAGAUCUUUGCGCCACUUUUAGCGUAUUUAUUCUGGGCAAGGCUUUCACACAUUUUUAAUUUAAUAUUAUUAAAUUGUGUUUAUAUGUAUAUAUGUGUGUGUAUAUAUAUAUAUAUGCACAUAUACACAUCAUACAUAAACUCUAUAUCCUCUCUAAAUUGAAAUGUCUCGUGGUUACGCGAGAGCGACCGAUCGAUUCGUACCGAUCGAUUUUAGAUAGUAUAAUUUAUCUCGAGAAGAGAAUAUAUAUUUCCUUACGUUACUCGCGUCAAGUCUAUCUAAGUUUAAAUAACGUUAACAAGAAUGUAACAAAUGUGACUGUACAUACAUGACACACAUGCACAUACACGCGCGCGCGCGUACACACGUACGCAUGCACGCGACCCACAUACACAUACACAUCCACGUAUAUGUCGAUACGAUACAAGAAAUGCAUUUUCUAACUAUUUAAACGCGUAUACUCGUCUAUUGUGAGAUAAAAAAGAAUUUCGCCUUACAAUAGUAACGCGCGAUACAAGUGCGCGUUUGCACUAAACAGCAUGGAAAAUACGUUCCUUGUAUCGUGUCGACACACAUCGUAUCGUAUCACAAUACUCAAUUGUCAUUUAUCCCGGAUGCAUUGCAUGAAAUAUCGAUAAUCAAUGCGACAACAGCGUCACAAUUAAAGGAAUAUUUAUUACAACUUAUUUCCAAUACGCAAAUUAUUUUUAAAAAAAUUUUCGCUGGUCUGUAAGGUAUUUUUUUUGCGAUAUAAUCAAUUUCAGCAGUAAUGUCGCAAACUGUUGAAAAACACUGUAAACGUUUUUGUAAUACAUGAUACUUUGAGAGAUCUCGUGCAUUUGAAACUCGUGCAGCACAACAUGUAACUGUUCUUAUGCCGUCCACAAUCGAGACAACUGUCGAUGAUAUAGCUAUUGAGAAAUUAGUACGACGUUCGCUAGAGACUAGAAACGAAAACCUGUAAGCCGGGAUUAAGGUUUUUCAAUGUUACGUUGAUUCGCAAGUACCAUGGCAGGCUCGUACGUGUCAUCGACUUGAAGCCUAAUUUCAGGUCCGUUAGAUUUCAAUCGGACCGUUCACCGACUUUGCAUCGAUGCAUCUGAAGUUGUUUUCGACUUUACGCGUGCGAAACCAAUGUUCUGCACUGGAAAAGUGACGAGGAAUGCCGCCGCCGCGUUAACGAAACUUGUUCCUCCAGAAAGUUUUAUCGCGUAUACGUGUCAUUGUGUAUCAAAAGUUUCGAAUGCAUCAAUAUUAUAUUGUGAUGGAGUACUGUCGCGUGUGGGUACUCUCUCUCUCUCUCUCUAGUAUUAUGAUUAGAAUUAGAGAUUAGAGUGUCGGGAAUUUUGCCGUGGUACUUGAAAGUUCGGUAGAACGGAAUAUUGAGAAUCGUCAACGAUAGAUUCGUUAAAGAAACUGAACUCGUGCACGCGGUACACUCAAAUAGCUGAAAUGAAUCGAGUGGCGAGAUGAGAGAAUUCAAGUACACUAACGUCUUGAAGUGAAAAUAUAUUUGUAAUCUCAUGAAGGCUGAAACGAAUAUAUAUCCUGUACGACAGAGGAACGAAACACCGAUUUUGUCACCGAUCGAUUCUCUCACGCGUGAGUAUUUCUCGUGGUUUAAUCAGACGUAAGACUAAUUAGAAGUAGGAUCGUCAAAUGGAAGAACGGGCAGUUUUUUUUCUCUCUAUUAUAUUUUAUCGCUUAGAUUUUCAACGUGGUAGAAUCGUCAAUUCUAUUUGCUAGAGUAUACUGUGUAUAGUGCGAGUUGUAAAAUGUGCGACACUCUUGCGCUCAAUACGUACCACGAAUUUGUCUCACGGUCACCCUUGUUCACGUACGACACAAGCACCGGUAUUUGGAUUUAAUCAUCAACAUCUCUCUGUGCAAUGUCAACGUGCUUGAUGCUUGCUUCCACAUUGAGGAAAUUGCUUUUCGUCGUGGACUUGAAUAGCAUGAUGAAAUAUUGUGUGGUUUUAUAUGGAGCAUAACUAACUUUUGUACAAUCGCCAAAAAUGGCGUUAAAAAGAAAAAUAAAUCUUGCUAGAUGAGAUUGUUAAUACUCUUGGAAUUGUUAUUACAAUGUAUUUGUGUGCAGAUGAGAGAGUGUGUGCGUGUGUGAGAGAGAGAGAUGACUGCGUUUAAAUGUUAAUGAUAAAUCGUAUAUAUAUAUCGUAAAAUGUAUAAGAGUUUGAUAUAUGUCUGUUGACGCGCGUGGUUAAACGUGGUCGAUUUAACCGUGAAGAUAUCUUCCGCAAGUUUAAUGCACAUUGUAUUAGUCCGUUGGAGUCCGUACGCGUAAAGAGCAUGCGUAAAUAAUGCAUAACUGGGACUGGUUGUUCGAUUUCGACUGCACUAUGAAAAUACGGCAGACUGCAUAUCAGUGUAGAAGCUUGAGUAUCGACAAAAUAAUACAAAAAAAUUAUAAAGCAGGGUAGGGGGGAGAGAGAGCGUGUAUGUGUGUAGAGAUUAAAUCGAUUCGACAUAAAAAAACGGGCAAACAAGAAAGGAAAGAGCUCACAGACCAGUAUCUGAAAUUACAUGCAAAAUCGUACUGCGUUAUCACAUAAAUAGAAAUAAAUUUUUUCCUGUUUGUACCA